AUGGAAGUCAGGAAAGCCGAUUUACUGUGUGUACUGGAUUCUGUUGUAGGCGUGCUGCAGGUCAGUGGGAUCCGUAUACACACUUCUGGCGAUGUGGAGGCAGUCAACGGGACGGACAUCCGUCUGAAGUGUACAUUCAGUAGUUCCUCAGCUAUCAACCCCAAUCUAAUCAUCAUCUCUUGGAGUUUCAGACCCCUUAAACCAGGUCGAGAAGAAUCGGUGUUUCACUACCAGCUGAAGCCGUUCCCCCCUGAAGAAGGAAUUUUCAGGAACCGCAUCAUCUGGGCCGGUGACAUCAUGGGCCAGGAUGCCUCCAUCAUAAUUCGCGAAGUGAAGUUUACUUACAACGGCACUUACACAUGCCAGGUGAAGAACCCGCCGGACGUGCAUGGCUCAAUUGGAGAGAUUCGACUACGUGUCGUCACGACAGCCUCAUUCUCUGAGCUUCUGCUGCUGGCUUUCGCCAUUGGAGGAGGGAUUGCUGUUGUGGUUCUCCUCCUCAUCAUCAUAGUAUCUUGCAGGAGGUGCAAGAGGAAGAGACAGCGGCGGGAAGGGGAAGUGGAGGCUCCUCGCAAAGAGAGAAAGGAUCCCACUGUAUGCCACCCAAUGAGGUCCAUCCACCUGUACCUAUCACAGACGUCCAUAGAGAUUGACAGUUCAGAUGGAAUGAUCUCAGAGGCCAGCACUAAAGAUCCCAGCUCCGACUCGGACGGCCCAGACUCAGAUGACGACGAUGACGAUGAUGACGACAAUGACUUUUCAGACUGA